AUGGAUUCCGAGAAUAAAGAAGGAGUGUAUGCUGUCAGACACAGUCAAAAGCCUGUCAAUGACUUCAGACAGUCAGAGUCAUCAACAGAAGUAUCACCAAUCAAUAGAAACCCACUUGCGGUCACAUUCAUAAUGCUCUUCCCUUACAGGGAAGGAGACCCAGAAGAUGACCAGCCAAGGAAAGUAUCAUUCAUGGAGCAUGCAAGAUGGAUGUUACAGUAUCAUGACAGACACUUCAGAAAAAAUAACACCUGGAUAUUUGUGGCAUUUGGGAUAAUUCAGAAGCAUGAGGCAAUGGCCUCUGCAUGGAUACAAAUAAGGCACACAGACUUUCAAAAAGCAUCCAACCUCUUAUCUACUGUGACUAUUGAAUGGCUCCAAAGUGCCACAGAAGAAGAGGAGUCAACAGGGAGAACUAGCAAUCCAGCAAUCAACACACUCGCAGGAUGUGUUAUGGGUUCUGACAGCUCUUGCAUAGCCUUGAGAAGCCAGAUCUGGGGAACUGCAGUGUACCUUGCACCUCCAAACCUAUGGUUCACUAUUACACCUAAUGAUCUGCACAAUCCUCUUGCACAAGUAUUCACUGGCAAAGAUAUCAAUAUGAACUGUUUCUUGAGUACUAUUGGACUGAACACAUCAAAAAGGGCUCAGAUCAUUGCACAAGAUCCCUAUGCAGCUGCAAAGUUUUUCCAAUACAUCAUCAGUUCAAUGAUGCAAUGUCUUUUUUGUAUCAAUUGA